AUGGAGCACGUUCGCCGCUACAACGUCGAGCGCUCAUGUCUCCGCUGCCACGAACGGAAAGUCCGUUGCGAUAAGGGUGUGCCGUGCAAUAAAUGCGUGCGCCUCAAUGUGCCUUGCCAGUACCCCGGGCCUAGGCGAGCCAAGCGCCGCCCACCCAAGACGACGGUGACGGAUGUCGUGACGCGGCUUGAGCAGCUUGAGCGCUCAAUUACCACGCUGGCGGGGAACAAGAUGGCUGGCACUUCGGCGCAGGUGAAUCAAGCGCUUGCGGCCUCGAAUGCCCGGAUUAGUCCGGUGUCGUCGUCGAGUGAAUCUGCGGCGGGUCCGGGGAUCCGGUCUUCCAGAGAUGAGGAGCCGCAUCAUGGGUUCUUGUCGAAGGAUGGGUGUUAUAUUGACGAGCCGCUGUUGUCACGGGUGCUGGAGAAAGAAAAGGAUUUACAGAGUGCUAUGGGCUCACCGAAUACGGAGAAUACGUCGUCGAGGAAACCGCCGCCAUUGAAGGUUGACGGGAUUAUCACCAAUCCCAGAUUGUUUCAGGCGGAUUUCAAGGCAUUGUGUCCAACUCGGUGGCAGGCUACGGUGCUCUGGCAGAUAUUUCUGAGCAGGGUGGACCCUGUCUUGAAGGUGAUUCAUGUUCCGACGACGACGCCGCGUUUUUUCACGGCUAUCAAUCGGCCUGAUGCGGUGAAACCGGAUGUGCAUUGUCUGCUAUUUGCGGUCUUCUUCGCUGCUACCACGGCACUGGUCUCGGAUGAUCCUACUAAUGAGGGGACUCGGGAAGAUCUACGUCGAUAUCAACAAGGAUUGGAGCUUGCCAUGCACAAUUCUUGCUUCCUGGACUCUCCUACUCUGAUUUCACUGCAAGCAAUGGCCAUCUACCUUACAUGUCUCCGCUACACUAAUAGUGGCCGCUCCGGCUUCACACUACGAGGCCUCGCCCUCCGUGCCGCCCAAUCCAUCGGCGUCCACCGCGACGGCAAAAACUUCAAACUCCCACCACUAGAAUGCGAACUCCGCCGGCGCCUCUGGUGGAUGCUUUGCACGACAGACGCCCGCAUGGCCGAAGACCACGGCAUCACAAUCUCCGAACAAGACUUUGGCGCCGACACCGAAUUCCCCACAAACACCGACGACCAAAACCUCACAGAAACCCAAACAACCCCCGCCCAACCACUCGCCCGCUGGACAGAAAUGACUUUCAUCCUCAUCCUCUCCGAAAUAAACGCUCUGUCGGCGCCGAUCACCCGCGCAGGUGCCCACGCCGAAUCCCUCAUCUCAGACCUGAAAACCCGCCUGCACGAACGCUACCUGCAGCACGCGGAUAUGGAUAUCCCCAUUCAACGACAAGGCGUGAUGGUCGCCCAAGUCCUCCUGUCAAAAUUUGAAGUACACAUGCGCCAGAAAGCCCUGCAGCGCCGCUCAGCCGCGGAAUCAGAUUCAAACGCCGAGGCCGCCUCGGCCUUGCUCGCAAUGGCCUGCCACGGCCUCGAGCUCGGGCUGGACAUGUACUCGGACGAUUUACUCCGCGGUACGCGCUGGUUAACCUCGACAUAUACCCAGUUCCACCUGCUCACGUAUGUCCUGUGGCAUCUAUGCGUGUACCCGACUGGCCCGCAUGUCGCCCGUGCCUGGCGCGACAUCAAUCGCCAUUUCGAUCUCGCAGAGAAUGAUCCUUCAUGGCCAGAUCCCGGACCCAAGUGGCCCGUCCUGGUCGGGCUGCGGGCAAAGGCGUACAAGAUUCGCCAGGCUCAUGUUCCGCCCGUGGAGGUGAUUCCUGAGAAUAAUGCGCUGGGGAACAUGGGGAAUGUCCCUGUUACGGCGGCCGGGGUGGGUAACGCUGGGCUUGGAACGGAAACGGUGGUUGCGGCUGGUACUGGGGCUGAGAAUGCAGGUGCUGGGAUUGGGAUGGAGGGGGGAUUUGUGCAGAGUGCGGAGGCAUUGUUUGAUAUGAAUGGGUGGGAUUUGAAUUGGGUGGAUUUUCCGGAUUGGAAUUAUUUGGCGCAGAGUCUGGCGGUUAUGGGGCAGGAGGGUGGGAAUUAUCCAGUUGGUUGA